GUUAAAACUGGCCAUCUCAAAGGCCAGAUUGGAAGUACUGAAAUUGGACAAAGAGGCUGAUACAUAGCCUAGAAACAUGAGUACUGCAGGGAAAGUCAUCAAAUGCAAGGCGGCUGUAAUCUGGGAACCAAAGAAACCAUUUAGCAUUGUGGAAAUUGAAGUGGCUCCACCAAAAGCACACGAAGUUCGUAUUAAGAUUUUGGCUAAUGGAAUCUGUCGCUCAGACGACCAUGUACUGACUGGCUCAGUGAAAGUGAACUUCCCCAUUAUUCUCGGUCAUGAAGCAGUUGGUGUUGUGGAAAGUGUCGGAGAAGGAGUUACUAGUGUAAAACCAGGAGAUAAAGUCAUUCCACACUUUCUUCCUCAGUGUGGAGAAUGCAAAGCUUGCAUCCAUCCCAGAGGCAACCUGUGCAAAAAGAAUGACAUUGUCAAAUGUACUGGACUGAUGGCUGAUGGCACCACCAGGUUCUCCUACCAAGGAAAGCAGAUUCACAAUUGUGGUAGCACCAGCACUUUCUCUGAAUACACUGUAGUACAUGAGGAUUCAGUGGCCAAAAUUGAUGCUGCAGCUCCUCCCGAAAAAGUGUGUUUGAUUUCCUGUGGAUUUUCUACUGGGUACGGUGCUGUUGUAAAUUCUGCUAAGGUGGAACCAGGUUCUACAUGUGCUGUUUUUGGACUGGGAGGAGUCGGCCUCUCAGUGAUCAUGGGCUGUAAAGUGGUUGGAGCUUCCAGAAUCAUCGGUAUUGAUAUCAACAAGGAUAAAUUUCCUCUUGCUAAAGAGCUGGGAGCCACUGAGUGUGUCAAUCCUCUAGAUUUCAAAAAGCCCAUCAAUGAAGUGCUAUUUGACAUGACUGAUGGUGAAGGUGUAGAUUAUUCAUUUGAAGUGAUUGGACGCCCAGAAACCAUGAGCGCUGCUUUGGCUUCCUGCAACAUGAACUAUGGAACAAGCGUGAUUGUGGGAGUGCCUCCUACAACAGCCGAGAUUACUUUCUCCCCAUCACUUCUCUUCACAGGCCGCACUUGGAAAGGAACUGUAUUUGGAGGCUGGAAAAGCAAAGACUCUCUCCCUAGACUGGUUUCAGAUUUCAUGGAGAAAAAAUUUUCUCUGGAUCUAUUAAUUACUCAUACAAUGCCCUUUGACAAGAUCAACGAAGGGUUUGAACUGCUCCGGGCAGGGAAAAGUAUUCGUGGUGUUCUGGUCUUUUAAAGACCCUGAAGUGCUGAAAAUACAAGACAGUGAGUGACCUUUGCCAGCUGAGUUCCAUCGGAUCAAUGGAAUAUCCAUGAAAAAGUCUGUAGGCUGAGCACAAGAC